UUCUUGCUCUAUAGCAUUCUAAUUCUUACUUCUACUUUCUGAACAUCAUCAAGAGUACUUUUUGUACAUUUAAUCUCAAGAAGAUAGAUAUUCUGAUUUGAAAAGCUGCAUUUAUUUUUAUAGCCUGAAAUCCCCAGUCAUAAAGAGAAGGAUUGCAUUCUCAUCAAACAGAAGGCUUGAUACAAUCUCUGCAUUCAUUUCUCCAUCAACCAUGAAUUCCUAUAAUUAUGGAGGCUCGAAAGAGGCAAUUUUUCAUGACGAAGGCUCUCUAAUAAAAAACAACUGUAAAGAAUCAAUUACAAAAAUUGAGAAAACUCUUAGAGGAGAUAAGAAUGCUCUUCCCUUCAGUGACGGAAUGUUCACUAACUUUAAUGGUUCAAACAAUAAGCAAGGAGGGAAUCUUUGGAAGGAAAUCCUAAAUUUCACGCAGGGGAGGAGCAAAUCCUACGCUAUUUCAAGCUAUAUUAUAUCCAAAUAAAUGUAAAGAGGAAAUUAGGAAGCUAAUUCGGCUAUUUAAGGCUUCGACUGACCUGAUCCUUCAGGAUUAUGAAGUAUUCAAAAGAUAUAUUUAUGAGAAAUAAGAUCAUUCCGAUGGCGAACCGCUCUGAUGGGAACAUUGAGGAAGACGAGACUUAUCAGAUGUUUAUCAAACUUGCUAAUAAUUAUGACUUCUAUCUUAAGAUGAAGGAAGAAUUUCAUUGUAAAUUAAACAAGAAAUCUCCUACUAAACAAUGGCAAAAAGCUAUAGUUCCUGAAAAAGUACUGCAUAAGGCCAAAGAGAAGAGUAAGAGCAAAAAGAAGGUCCUCGUGCCAGUAAAGAACAGUAAAAACCAUAUCUGAGAAAUUUCACAAUACAUCUUAAAAGAGAAGUCUAAACCUCGCGGAAUCAGCUCAUUCGAUAUCAGAAUUCAUACAGACCAGAAGGAUAAGAAGCGGAAGAGCAGGUAUAAUAAGAAGCUCAAAUUCCGUAUGUCAACUGUUGUGAAGGAUUUCAUACAGUCAGAUACUUACAAAAUUCUUAUUGAAAAGCGUAAAUAUGUCAACCAGGGUAGUAAGAGUAAAGAAGAUGUCUGCGAUUUUGAUAAUAAAACCGUAGAUAAUGAAGAAGAUUCGAAGGAUAAUGAGGCUUCAUUGGGAAAUACCCAAAAGAAGCCAAGUCCUUUCCGCGAUAAACGAGGAGGAAUCAUAUUUAGGACAAGCACUCUACAAAUCAAAGAAGGAGCUCCUUCUGUGAAUGUAACUCCUCCUCCAAAAGGCUAUAAUAUGCCAGGAUUGGAUAGUUUUCAGAAAAAGUUUGGAAUGCAAGAAGAAUCAAAUUUUGAUUCAAAAUCAUCCACCAAUUCAGUAAGCGACAGUGAGAGUCCACAAACAAAGAGAUCAAAGGAGAAGGUGCAUAAAAAGAAAAUUUUAUCUCGCACAAGAGCUGAAAAACAAAAACUUAAUUUCUUUGUUCAUAAAGCUCCUAAGCUUAACAUGUUGGAGAAGAGAAAAAUGAUGAGGAAUAAGAAGACAAGUACUUUAGCUCCUUUGAAUACACAAUUCGCAUGAAAAUUUAACGCACAUAAGAAGAGCUAUGCCAAUAAGAGAGAUACCUUCUCAGAUAGAUCACCAAUGUCUCCGGAUGCUUUGCGAUCAAUGAAUAGAACAAGGAUAUCCAAACUAAGGAGUUCAAGAAUGGUUAUUGUUCAAAAUGAGGGUAAGAAAAAUCCUCGGAAGACAUAUAUCACCCCAAAUCGGCGAUCAAAGCUACCUACCAACAUCUCUAUUCCUCUUGGGACCAUCUCAGAGUCAAAAUAAUCCAGCUUAUCCUAAAACCUCUCUUCUCUCACCGAAUAAAAUCCCUCAUUACUCAAAGUACGCCAGCCCAGUGCCUGCUAGAAGAAAAUCCAAGAGGCCCAAGCGAAAUCUGUCAAAUACCCCUUUCUUCUACCCAAAAUCACUUUCUUAAAUUUUGGCCAAAACACGAACAAAAAUGAGGCCUAAAACCUUGUUUCACCCGAAAUUCU